UCCCGGAGCCUAGCCCGGUGCUUCCUCGCCGCCUUCGACCGGGUGCCGCUUGGAGUGGCCUAUUUGCCGGACGACUUCUCCGUGGGGCUGCCCGCCGCCAUAGGCUUGACCUGGGAGGGCCUGUGGGAGGUGCAGGCGGUUGCGCGGGCGAAGUUGCCCGAGGGCGCUGCCCAGGAGGCCAGGGACCCACCGGCGUGGGCGACGCGCGUAGUGCUCCGCACGGCCGUCGGCUACCUGCGCUUUCGCAAGCCCGUCGUGGUCCGCAGGCUGAUCAUCUCAGUUCCGGCCCGGGAUUCCGACGGCGACAGCGAGCCGUGGGGCAAGGGCGGCAUCGUCUGCGGCCGUCUGGCGGGCCAGGAGAAAUGGUGCUCCUUCCUGGACCAGGUCGCGUCGACCGCGCGGGCCGCCGCGGCAGCAGAGGGCCCGGUGCUCGACGUGGACGUGGGCAACGGCCUUCUCUCCGUCGACGAAGUCGCGUUCAUUGCUGCCCCAGCCUCUGGGCUGGUACUGUCUGUGGUCGAGGUGAUGGCCAUGCCGCCAGGCCACCCUCUGGACGGCAUCCUGCCGAAGGAGCGACAGG